ACGCAAACACGACAAAUCGCGAGAAAGCUGCAUGGUUACUUACUUAGUCUACUUCUCUGUUGGAGCACUAAACUAGACUAGAUGGGAUUGGCUACCGGUAUAGUAGUAUCUGUUAAUGGUGAGCUGCGAGCUAGCUAGCUAUUAGGUUGGAUCCAAGCAGUGAGAAUUCGAGAAAGUGGGAGAAAGUUUUGGGCAUUAUUUGAAGAUGGCAAACUCGACGACCACCAUGGCGCCCACAGCUAUGCUGCGAUCGGAUCACAUUUCCAAUCUUUCCGACACUCAAGAAAAGGUCCUUUCGUUACUGCCGUUCCUCCCGGCUCUUUUGAGUUUCCUUGGAUCUAGUCAAAUCAUUUACAUGGUGAUUUCGCAGCGACAAUGGCAAACUCCCUAUCGAAGAAUCCUCUUGGGACUGAGCUGCAGUGAUUUGAUGGCCAGUGCUCAAUUCCCCUUGCAGGCAUUUUUAUUGCCUCAACAAACAUCCCAGCGAGUCUGGGCGAUUGGGACGGAUGCAACCUGCAGUGCUUUGGGAGUGGCACAACAAUUAACGUUUGUAUCCGCCUGGUACAAUGGCAUGCUCUCGAUAUUCUUUGUCAUGACGGUGCGAUGGGGUGUGCCGGAUCGAAUCUUUGCGCAACACUACGAACCAGUCAUGCACGUGAUAUCCAUUGGAUUUCCACUCAUCACGGCCAUUGUUGGAGCUGUCAUGGGAUGGUACCGGGAAAUCAGCGUGGGAAUGGGAUGCUGGAUCUCCAAAUGGCCCGAAGGAUGUGGAUGCAACGAGGGCGAAACGGGAGAAUGCUGUCAAUCGCAACUGGUGGCUUGGAUCGUUGGAGGAUUGCCGUCUCUUCUCACGUUUACACUCAUUCUGUGCAACAAUCUAUUGGUAUUCUGUCAUGUCUACACCACCAUACAAAGAGGCAGACAAAAUGCAACGACACGACAAAUAAUAGUGCAGGCGAGCACACAACAGCAGACUCAACCCAAACGAAGCUUUUCACUACGACGGUCGGUGGCACCAUCUUCUGAAGACCCCCAAUUGAAGCGAAUACGUGCAGUGGCCACACAAGCGUUUCUCUAUGUCGGAGCCUAUUUGAUCACCUAUGUGCCGGCCAUGGCUGUGCGCAUCAUGGAAAGUAGAGAUUACGAUGCCGAGGAUGAAGAUGAGAUCUUUCCAUUGUUGGUCCUGCAAUCACUGACAUUUCCGACACAGGGAAUACUCAAUCUACUGGUUUACGUUCGACCAACCUACUUGAGAGUACGAAAGGACUUCGCCUUGGAAAGCAAGUGGUGGGCCUUCCGACGGGCCAUGUACGGUGAUAGGGUGGUGCCUCGUCAUCGUCAGGGAGGCAAUCAAAGACAGACACGGCGCCACACACAGUUUGGAAUUGGACAAAGCUCCACCACGAGCAACCGGGGUGCUCUGUCGUUUUUACGUCGGUCGACGGCAGGGAAGAACGCAACACCUCAGCAACAACAACCAGAACCCUCAACAACUCCUGCUGCGCCAGCGACUACCACGACUACCACUGUAACACAACAGCAACAUGAACCCCAUGACUCAUCCAGUAUUGGUGAAUUUGCCGCGGAUUAUGAUGAGAGCAUUCAGCAUGACGAUGGCCACAAUGAUGAUUUUCCUGUUGAUGGAGACGUGGCUACUUGCAACACUGGCAGCCAACCGGACGCUUCGAUGCAAGGCGGAGCAACGGGAAAUGAGGUAAGUGAUAGAAGUUGGGACCAAAAAGCAUCACGCAAAGGAAAGGUUGAAGCUGCCAGGCCGAACGUCGACAAGGACCGAGUGGAGCCCCUCACAAUCGCAGACAGGCACGACGGUGCCGAAAGCUUUCUGGACGAAGGUGACGAUAGUGCGGCAAAACAUGAAGGCUACUAGCUCGUCAAGAGAAGACCAAAGGAGAGCAGCUACAAUGGUCCCUCCAGAAUCGAAUCAGUAAUGGGUGCUGAUGGUGGUCCACGAGAAAGGCCAAACGUGGUGCCACAAUGGGAAGGGGUGCAUCACUUGUCUUGUUCAAAAAUUACCGGACUCCCGCCCCUGGUGACAAUCCACAAUCUGGGAACAAGUUCCAGCUGUCUAAAGGAAACAGUGAGGUCCAUGCUGAGAUUUGUGGUGGAUUUCCGCGGGAAGAACCUACUGACCCAAGAAAAUGGUCAGCAUUGCUGAAAAGAACUGCUAGUCAAGCCCAGCAACUCAUGCAGCAGCAGUUGUACCCAGGACAGCCCAAAAGGAAAUGCUCCAGGCAGCAGUGAUCAGAAACAGCACACCACUGCAUCCAGCGGCUCUGCGGCUGGUCAGGUGGACGGCUCUGUACCGGUACGCAGCUGUCAUUCAACUGCGGAAGCCUUUCUCUCUUGGCCAUUGAGGUUUCGAGAGUCUUUGAAAUCAGUGGUACCAUGCAUGGUACUGUACAAGUUGGUCUGUUCAGGUACCGGUACGUACCAUUACUGCAUGUUUAAAAAUAAAUGUCCUCAAAGUAGCGAUUUACCGAGGCUAAAAAUAUAAAAGUCAUCGCACAAAUCUUGGACAAAUAAAUGCAGGAUGAAGAACCUUUCGGAGGGAGCAUUAACUAUUUAAAUACUCUAAUCAUAAAAAUCGGAAAGUGUCAUCAAGGGUAAAAACACAUUUAAACAGUUGUCAAGGAUGACCGAAACUGGGUUACUAAGCCAGACUGUGAGUUAAAAAGCAUGUUCUAACAACGAAUGAACGAGAAGACCC